AUGGAAUUCGAAGUACGUCUGAUCUUCAAGGCAAUAGGAUUCAUCAUUUUGAUCAUCAUUGGAGUUCCUAGUAAUGUGUUCAUUCUGGCCAUUUUUAUCCAUACUAAAAUCACAGAGAAGAAGUUGUUACCUUCUAAUGCUAUCCUUACCAUGCUGGCUUUGGUAAACCUCUUAGUCAUAAUCACCAAAGGAAUUCCUCAGGCCAUCCAUUCAAUCGGCAUAAGGAACAUCUUAAAUGAUACUGAAUGCAAAUUAUUUUCAUUUAUGUAUAGGAUCUGCAGGGGCAUGACAAUAUGUGUCACUAGUUUGUUGAGCUGCAAUCAGUGUGUAAUAUUAGCACCACCUUCAAAAUCUUGGCUUAUUUUAAAGCAAAAGAUCUCACCCAAUUUACCAUGGAUUAUGCUGUGCCUAUGGUCCAUCAAUAUUGCAAUUUACCCAUCAUGCUUGAUACACGUCCGUGCCAUAGGCAAUUACACCACCUCUAAGUACACUCUACAUUUGGAAUUCUGCAAUCAUGAUUUCAUGACCUUUCAAUCCUAUGUUGCCAAUGGAAUAGCUAUAGCGCUGAGAGAUUUCUCCUUCGUAGGAUCUAUGACAUUGGCCAGCUGCUACAUAGUAUUCACAUUACACAGACAUGGGAAGCAAGUACAAGGCAUGCGCAGCUCCGACAAAAACCCCGGAAAAAGUGUUGAGUACAAGGCUUCCCGAGCUGUAGUGCUACUUGUUACAAUUUAUGUGGCACUGUUUGGAUUAGAUAGCUGUAUUUGGAUCUAUACCCUAAUAGUUUCAAGAGUCUCCCCAGCUAUUUCAGAUGCUCGGGUGUUCUUUGGCACCUUGUAUGCUGCACUUAGUCCUGUUGUAAUAAUAAAGACUAACAAAAAAAUCAAAACAACUUUAAUAUGUAACAACAAGAAAGAACAAAUACAUUCUACAGAUACAACCACGACAGACAGCUCAGAAUAAUGGUGGCGCUACACUUACACAUGUAACCAUUGGGUAAGGGAUAGUAAAAUUAUCCCUUGGCCUUUUCUGCUUCAUUCAUUUCUGACACCUUUUCUUGAGAUGACCUAACUUCACACGGUUGAAAAAAA